ACAUCGUGGAAUGCAUAUGGGCUGGCGUUGGUUACAACACAGAUAUCCUUGGACGAUUGGGCAUUGCAAGGCGUUUAUGGCUGUAUGGGAGCACCGGUAUCCUGGCGUCAUUGGAAGACACCCAGCCUCACGACACGAGCAGGGAUAUCUGGCAUCAGAAGGGUUUUAUGUUUUACGUCGUUUUGGGAGACACUUCAUGUGUUCGGUGUCAGUUAUGUGAUGGUGUUUUUUUUUUUCUCCUCUCGGAAGACGGUUAGCCUCACGGCAAAUAAGGAUAUGGCUGGCGUCGAUUGGGGUCGGAGUUCUUUUAUAACUUCAUGUCCCGUAGACAUCCGCAGUGGGAGAUGCUCCGCCACCCAUAGGGACCGUGGAUUGAUUAUGCAUAUAUACAUAGACAAAAUCGAAAGAUCCCCCAGCUUGACAAUUACUGGCAGAUGCCGCGGGUCACAUCCAGCUUCACAACCGUACCUACAAACAACAGUUCACCUGUGCAUUGCACAAUUAUCUCAAUUCAAGGCCCGUCUAGUACCCACGCUUUCUGACCCCAUCUUGUGAUUGAACUUUCCUGUAUCGUCGUCAAACGUGUCCAAGGUAGCUUCUGACGCGCCGGCUAAUCACGAUCUACAACCCACU